GGGUGCCCCGCUGCGGCCCGGCUUCCUGCAGCUUUGUUUCCCCGAGCCUGGCCGCCCAGGGUCCAUACUCCAGAUGCUCGGGCUGCGGAGCCCGGAGUGCCCCGUGGGGUGUCUUCAAUCCCACUUCGUACCCCUCCAGCACGAGCACCCCGAGCCUGCACGCGUCGCCUUCGCGUCCGAGGGGCCACUGGCUCACACCCCGCCCAUUGUGUUUUUAUCCUUGGCUCGCCCCUCAGAUGGCCUCUGUUCCUAGGAGGAAAAAGAGACGUGUUUUGCUAUUGAGCCCUUGCCGAACGUGGUGGAGCUGUGGCAGGCAGAAGAAGGGGAACUCCUGGUGCCUACUCAGGGUGAUUCUGAAGAGGGUCUGGAGGAGCCUUCUCAAGAACAGAGCUUCUCGGACAAACUAUUUAGUGGAAAAGGCUUACAUUUUCAGCCAUCAGUUUUAGAUUUUGGAAUACAGUUCCUGGGACAUCCUGCAGCAAAGAUUCUCCAUGCUUACAACCCUAGUAGGGACAGAGAGGUUGUGGUGAAUUCGGUGUUUGCAGCUGCUGGACAUUUCCAUGUGCCGCCUGUUCCCUGCAGGGUAAUUCCAGCAAUGGGGAAAACUUCCUUCAGAAUUAUUUUCUUACCUACGGAAGAAGGAAGCAUUGAAAGUUCCUUAUUUAUUAAUACCUCUUCAUAUGGAGUCCUUUCCUAUCAUGUAUCUGGAAUUGGCACUCGUAGAAUCUCUACAGAAGGGUCUGCAAAGCAGCUACCAAAUGCUUAUUUUCUGCUUCCGAAGGUCCAGAGCAUUCAGCUAUCACAAAUGCAGGCAGAAACCACUAAUACUAGCCUCUUGCAAGUACAACUGGAAUGCAGUUUACAUAAUAAAGUGUGUCAGCAAUUAAAGAGUUGUUACCUGGAAUCUGAUGAUGUUUUGCGUCUACAAAUGAGCAUAAUGGUAACAACGGAAAACUCUUCGAAAGAAUUUGAAGAAAACACACAAGAUUUGUUAGAUCAUCUCUCUAUUGUUUACGUAGCUACAGAUAAAUCUGAGACCUCAGAUGAUUCAGCAGUAAAUAUGUAUAUAUUACAUUCAGGAAACAGCCUUAUAUGGAUACAGGAUAUACGCCAUUUCUCACAGAGAGAUGCUCUGUCUCUGCAGUUUGAACCAGUACUACUACCUACUUCUACAACAAACUUUACAAAAAUUGCUUCUUUUACCUGCAGAGCAGCCACAUCCUGUGACAGUGGAAUUAUGGAAGAUGUAAAGAAAACAACACACACUCCAACACUAAAAGCAUGCCUCUUCUCUACUGUGGUUCAGGGGUAUUUUAGAAUGGACUCUUCUGCAACCCAGUUUCACAUAGAGACUCGUGAGAACACGUCAGGACUUUGGUCAAUAUGGUACCGCAACCAUUUUGACCGUAGUGUUGUAUUAAAUGAUGUGUUUGUUUCCAAGGAGACCAAGCACAUUUUAAAGAUUCUGAAUUUCACUGGCCCUUUAUUUCUACCUCCAGGCUGUUGGAAUAUAUUUUCUUUGAAACUUGCUGUUAAAGACAUUGCCAUAAAUCUAUUCACCAAUGUAUUUUUGACUACAAACAUAGGUGCCAUUUUUGCAAUACCUCUACAGAUUUAUUCAGCACCAACCAAGGAAGGGAGUCUGGGUUUUGAAGUGAUAGCACAUUGUGGCAUGCAUUAUUUCAUGGGAAAAUCAAAAGCAGGAAAUCCUAAUUGGAAUGGGAGCCUUUCUCUUGAUCAGUCUACUUGGGAUGUGGAUUCUGAACUUGCAACUAAAUUGUAUGAAAGAUGGAAGAAAUAUAAAAAUGAUGACGUCUGCAAGAGGAAUGUUUUGGGAACCACUCGAUUUGCCCACUUGAAGAAAUCCAAGGAGUCAGAGUCCUUUGUUUUCUUUUUGCCUCGUUUGGUUGCAGAGCCUGGCCUCGUGUUAAACUUCAGCGCAACUGCCCUUAGGAGCAGCGUGGUAAAGUACUUUGUGGUGCAGAACCCGUCCUCUUGGCCGGUCUCCUUGCAGCUCCUGCCUCUCUCCUUGUACCCUAAACCCGAAGCCCUAGUACACCUGCUCCACAGAUGGUUUGGCACUGAUAUGCAGAUGAUUAAUUUCACAACUGGUGAAUUCCAACUCACUGAAGCUUGCCAUUACCUGGGUACACAUUCUGAGGAAUCCAGGUUUGGCAUCCUCCACUUACAUCUGCAGCCUUUGGAAAUGAAAAGGGUUGGCGUAGUUUUCACACCCACUGACUAUGGAAAAGUUACCUCACUCAUACUAAUCCGGAAUAACUUGACUGUUAUUGACAUGAUUGGCGUGGAAGGAUUUGGAGCGAGAGAGUUAUUAAAAGUGGGUGGAAGACUUCCAGGUGCAGGAGGCUCCCUCCGAUUUAAGGUGCCCGAGUCCACACUGAUGGACUGCCGUAGACUAGAACUGAAAGACAGCAAGCAAAUUUUAUCUAUUACAAAGAACUUUAAAGUUGAGAAUAUUGGACCUCUUCCUAUAACUGUUUCGUCUCUGAAAAUUAAUGGGUAUAACUGCCAAGGUUAUGGAUUCGAGGUGCUGGAUUGUCAUCAGUUUUCCCUGGACCCAAACACAUCCCGCGAUAUCAGCAUUGUGUUCACUCCAGACUUUACCUCUUCCUGGGUAAUUCGGGACCUAACUCUUGUAACCGCAGCAGACCUAGAAUUUCGCUUCACUCUCAAUGUGACUCUCCCUCAUCACCUGUUGCCCUUGUGUGCAGAUGUGGUUCCAGGACCCAGCUGGGAGGAGUCAUUUUGGAGACUCACGGUCUUCUUUGUCAGUUUGUCCCUGUUGGGUGUGAUUUUAAUAGCCUUCCAACAAGCACAGUACAUUCUCAUGGAAUUCAUGAAAACAAGACAGAGGCAAAAUGCUAGCUCCUCUUCACAGCAAAACAAUGGUCCCAUGGAUGUAAUCAGCUCCCAUUCUUACAAAAGCAAUUGCAAGAACUUUCUCGAUACAUAUGGCCCCUCUGAUAAAGGCAGGGGGAAGAACUGCCUUCCAGUGAACACUCCCCAAAGCAGGAUCCAGAAUGCUACAAAGAGAAGCCCAGCCACCUACGGUCAUUCUCAGAAGAAGCACAAAUGCUCAGUAUAUUACAGUAAACACAAAACCAGCACAGCUGCAGCCAGCAGCACCAGCACAACUACUGAGGAAAAACAGACUUCGCCCCUUGGCAGCUCACUGCCUGCUGCUAAAGAGGACAUUUGCACUGAUGCCAUGGGUGAGAACUGGAUCAACCUCAAAUAUGCAAGUGGCAUAAAUGUCAACCUGCAGAAGAAUUUAACCCUUCCCAAAAACUUACUGAAUAAAGAAGAAAACACACUGAAAAACACAAUUGUUUUCAAUAAUCCUUCUUCAGAAUGUAAUAUGAAGGAGGGAAUACAGACAUGUAUGUUUCCUAAGGAAACUGACAUUAAAACUUCAGAGAACACAGCCGAGUUCAAGGAACAGGAGCUCUGUCCACUGAAGGCCUCCAAGAAACUACCUGAAAACCAUUUACCAAGAAACUCACCUCAGUACCACCAGCCAGACUUGCCAGAAAUUUCCAGGAAAAAUAAUGGGAAUAACCAACAAGUACCUAUCAAGAAUGAAGUAGAUCAUUGUGAAACUUUGAAGAAGGUGGACACAAAGCCUUCUUCAGAAAAGAAGAUUCACAAAACAUCUAGAGAAGACAUGUGUUCUGAGAAACAGGACAUACCUUUCGUAGAGCAAGAAGAUCCUUAUAGGAAGAAAAAGCUUCAGGAGAAAAGAGACGGAAAUUUACAAAAUUUAAAUUGGAAUAAAAGUCGAACAUGUAGAAAGAACAAGAAAAGGGGUGUUGCUCCAGUCUCAAGGCCUCCUGAACAGAGUGACCUAAAGCUUGUGUGCAGUGACUUUGAGAGGUCUGAGCUGAGCAGUGACAUCAAUGUAAGAAGCUGGUGUAUACAGGAAAGCACUAGGGAGGUUUGUAAAGCAGAUGCCGAAAUUGCAAGCAGUUUGCCUGCUGCCCAGAGAGAGGCAGAGGGUUACUACCAGAAACCUGAGAAGAAAUGUGUGGACAAGUUCUGCUCUGAUUCCAGCUCCGACUGUGGGAGCUCCUCGGGCAGCGUGCGUGCCAGCCGGGGCAGCUGGGGGAGCUGGAGCAGCACCAGCAGCUCUGAUGGAGAUAAGAAGCCCAUGGUGGAUGCCCAGCAUUUUAUGCCAGCCGGAGAUGGUGUUUCACAACAUGAUUUUCCUUCUGAAGCUCCCAUCUCCUUGAAUCUUUCUCAUAACAUCUGCAAUCCCAUGGCUGUGAAUAGUCUCCCACAAUACGCAGAGCCUUCCUGUCCCACCCUUCCUGCCAGGCCCACAGGUGUUGAAGAAGAUAAAGGUCUUUACUCACCUGGAGACCUGUGGCCCACUCUGCCGGUAUGUGUGACAAGCAGCUUAAACUGCACCCUGGAGAACGGCAUGCCUUGCGUGAUUCAGGAGCCGGCCCCGGUUCAUAAUAGUUUCAUUGAUUGGAGUGCAACAUGCGAAGGCCAGUUUUCCAGCGCAUACUGUCCAUUGGAAUUGAACGAUUACAAUGCCUUUCCAGAAGAAAACAUGAACUAUGCCAAUGGCUUCCCUUGUCCUGCAGAAGUUCAGACAGACUUUAUUGAUCACAACUCUCAGUCUACCUGGAACACCCCACCCAACAUGCCUGCUGCCUGGGGACAUGCCAGUUUCAUCAGCUCUCCGCCCUACCUCACAAGCACCCGAAGCUUGUCUCCAAUGUCUGGACUUUUUGGUUCCAUCUGGGCCCCACAAAGUGAUGUGUAUGAAAAUUGCUGCCCCAUCAACCCCACCACGGAACAUUCGACCCACAUGGAAAACCAAGCGGUCGUGUGCAAGGAUUACUACCCGGGGUUCAACCCGUUUCGCGCCUAUAUGAACCUGGACAUAUGGACUACCGCAGCAAAUAGGAAUGCAAAUUUCCCACUGUCUAGAGACUCCAGUUACUGUGGGAAUGUGUGAAAAUAAUUGGAGUUUUAAACAAUGUGAAUAAAGAGGCUUGUGUUUUGAUUACUAGUGUAAACUGGUUAUUGAGAUAGAUUAUGACAUUGGUGGAUAUUUUGGCACUUUUAUAUGAAAAUAAAUUUUUUAAUGAAA